CCCAACACUAGACACCCAGAGAACUUCCUGACUGUGAGCCUAGGCUUCCUGUUGCAUGUGUGAGUGUGUGUGAGUUGGGGGUAAGAGUGCCGUUAUUAACCUUCUUGAUCUUUGACGAGGAGAGGAAUUUCAUACACUGAAACUUAGAGAGGUGGGAUUAUCUGGGAGGGAAUUUCCAACACGUCACAUCUGGGAAUCUGGUGCUCAGGAUUGGUAUAAAAAUGUGAGUGAGUGUUAGCCCACACUUCAGAAACUCAUCAUCCACGUCCAAAGACAGACAGGGACAUCUAUCAGCUUCAGUCUUGCAGCCUGAGAGAGCUACAAAAAUGGAAUUUUGUUUAGUAACGCCAUGCAACCAAAGGAGGAACAUGCGCCUCUUCUUAACAAUGUUCAUCCUCUCAAUUUUGUCAGGGUGUCUGGAAGUAGCAGGCUGGUCCUACCACUACUCCAACCAGACGAUGGACUGGAAUAACGCUAGAGUCUGGUGUCAGGCUCAUUAUACAGACAUGGUGGCAAUCCAGAACAAAGGUGAGAUCGACCACCUCAACAGUAUUCUGCCCCAGAUAAAAGGCUACUACUGGAUCGGCAUUCGCAAGAUAAAUGGCUCCUGGACCUGGGUCGGAACUAAUAAAAUGCUAACUAAGGAGGCAGAGAACUGGGCCACCAAUGAGCCCAACAAUGCCCAAAGGACUGGGACCGAGGAGGACUGUGUGGAAAUUUACAUCAAGAGGAAUGUAGACCAGGGGAAAUGGAACGACAUCUCUUGCCAUAAACAAAAAACAGCCUUGUGCUACACCGCCUCUUGUGAGAAGGAUUCGUGCAGCGGGAAAGGAGAGUGUGUCGAGACUAUCAACAAUCACACAUGCAAGUGUUUAGAAGGCUUCCACGGUGAAAAGUGUGAACAUGUUGUCCAGUGCGACAGGGAGGUGAUCACGACUCCGCAGCAGGGCUCUUUCAGCUGUUCUCACCCCCACGGGAAUUUCUCUUACGGGUCAGAAUGCAACUACUCCUGCCAGACAGGCUACCGGCUCAGCGGCUCCAAGACCCUCAAAUGCAUGGCCUCCGCGGCCUGGUCUGGCGUGCCCCCAACCUGCGAGGCGGUCCAGUGUGAUGAGCUGGCCAAGCCCAAUAGGGGCUCCAUGAACUGCACCUCGCCUCUGGGAGACUUCAGCUACCUGUCGCUCUGCCAGGUCACCUGUGACGAGGGGCACACCCUGACCGGCUCCCUCGCCUCCGCGCUCGCGUGCGACGCCUCGGGCCUGUGGAACGACACCCAGCCCCAGUGUGAAGCUGUUCGCUGUCCUGCCAUCCCAGCUCUGCAACACGGCUAUAUUUCCUGUGAUGGAGCUCCAACAGCACCCAACAGCUACCCAAACCAAUGCAAGUUCACCUGUGAAGACGGCUUCCGGCUGAGUGGUGUGUCUGCGGUCAGCUGCACUGCAUCUGGACAGUGGACUGACCAGUUUCCUGAAUGUGAAGCCAUCACAUGCCCAAGGCCAGAAAACCCUCACCUACUCUCCAAUUGCACAGACGCCAAGGAUAAGAGGCACAUCGGCUCCGCCUGCUCUUUUAGCUGCAGCCCCGGCUUCAACCUGCAGGGGGAGCCAAGCGCCCAGUGCAACAAGACAGGGCAAUGGAGCUCCCCGACCCCCGCCUGUGUGGAGGUCCGGUGUCCCUCUCUCAAGGUCCCAGAGGCAGGCACCGUGCGCUGCUCAGGCAAUUCCCAUGGAGCCGUUUGUGAAGUCAGCUGCGAUGAGGGCUUUCGCCUUCAGGGGGCGCGCAGAGCAGUGUGCACAGACAGUGCUGAGUGGAGCGUGGAUGGACAGACCCCCAUAUGCAGAGCUGUUCGCUGUCCUUCCAUCCCAGCUCUGCAACACGGCCAUAUUUCCUGUGAUGGAGCUCCCACAGCACCCAACAGCUACCUAAACCAAUGCAAGUUCACCUGUGAAGACGGCUUCCGGCUGAGCGGUGUGUCUGCGGUUAGCUGCACUGCAUCUGGACAGUGGACUGACCAGUUUCCUGUAUGUGAAGCGAUGAGAUGCCCCCAGAUACAAACAGCUAGCGAUAGCAUCAUGAACUGCACCGGGGGCAUCGACGGCCAGGAGCAGACCUACACAGCCAGCUGCACGUUUGUCUGCCGCGAAGGCUUCCUCCUCCAUGGAAACCAGACGAUGAUGUGUAGUCAGCAUGGCAACUGGACAGGAGAAGUACCCGAGUGUCAAGCUCCGCCCGAGCCUCUCAUCAACCCCACCACCAUCAUGCUGGCAGCAGGGGGCGCCACCACACUUUCUGCUCUCUCUCUGAUCUUCUGGCUCAUGAGGAAAAUGCAGCAGAAAGGAAACAAGUUUGAUCUCAACAGCACCCUUGAUCAAGACGGGCCCCCACAGGUGUACAAGAGUGUCGAUAGUCUUAUCUAGAGCUGGCACAGCACACACAGCAGGACUGUGGCACUCAGCAGAGUGCAGGCUUAUGGCGAGAGCAGAGAGGACAGCUGGAGAAUCGACCCACGGAAUGGCAGAGAGAACGAAACAACCUCACGUGUGAAUAUGUGAAUUGAGAAUCCUUUUAGCAGCGAUAAUUGACUGAACAAACAGAUGUCAUGGGUGAAAAGGACACAGGCUGUUUUUUUUCCUCCAAAAGCUGUGAUUCUGGAUAAAUACGCACACACACACAAACACACACACGCACACGCACACAUGCACAUUCAUGCCCCUAACACUGCUAAACUCCAAGAGGCACUGGUAUGCUAAAUUGUUGUUCUUCCUUAGGGAAGCUUCUUUAUUUAUUUGGGCAUAUUGUUCAUGGCAAAACUAUUGAAUUUAUUCUAAUAACGUAUAUUAUUAUUAUUAUUAUUAUUAUUAUUAUUGGUUUAGUUGUGUGGUCCGAUGUUAUUCUGCAUCAUGGUUUGUUUUAAUAUGAAUAUGUAUUAAAUAUG